AUGGCGCUGUCAGUAGCAUUGAGGUCUUUGAACCCGGCUUUGAAAUCUUUUGCAGAAGCUACUCCUCGGUAUGCAUAUGGUGGUAUACACAUUAAGAGUCCCGAAGCUUGUCAGCGAAUUAUAGACAGACUUGAUCUUCGAGAUAAAUACAACUCAUCGAAGCUCGACAUAUUGGAUAUAUAUCCAGGAUAUGGUCAGUUCUCCACCAUGUUGAACUACGAGUUGAAGCCACGGAACCAUGUAAUUUUUGAACCCAGAAAAGAUUUAACCACCUAUUGGGAAAACCGACUAGCCCACUUGAAGGAUACGACUGGAAAUGCCGAGAAUUUCAAAAUGUCAAACUUGAAUCCAUACUUUUGGAGUACAUACGCAAAUAUAUACAGAAAUGAUGUGAUACCACCCACAACUGUUAAGUCCUACGACAAAAUGCACGAUGAAUUGUUGGUUGUGGCAAACUGGACUGGCCGUGGCGAAGAGUCGAUCAUUGCACAAUGGAUGCAUUGUUGUGGAAAUAGAAACUGGCUCGCACAAUACGGUAAAGUAAGAUUGGUUGUCUUUUGCCUCCCAGAAAGUGCACAAAAAUUCACUGCAAUGCCUGGGAACAAGAAAAGAAAACGGUCUUCUUUGAUUAGGGAAUUGUACACGGAGAUGAAUUUGGUGGGCAUAGAACAAUCGGAUUUUCAAACUGGAGAGGGCUACGAUCCAAGAACUUUGGUAAAGGACCAACCCGUUGUUAUUAGCAAGUCCGAGACAUUAAGAGACAAGGAUAUUGCUGUGAUUGAAAUGAGUACGGGAAAGUAUACUUCGAACCAAAUUUCAAAUAUUAUGCAUUUACUCUCGCAGAUGUUCCACAAUAGUCAUCCAAUAAGAGAUAGUUUGCCAAGGUUUGGUCCAGGAGGAGAGUACUUGGAGAAAUUGAUACCUGCUGAGAUUUUAGACAAGGGAGGAUUCCAUCUCACUGCAGAAGAUGUGCUUGAAAUAAGCGCUGCUUACGAGAAAUGGCCAUUCAAGCCACCAAUAGAAGAUACCAUAGAUAUCGAAGAGGAUAUUGAUGGUUUUUGA